GCACAGCAAAGAAAGGUCACUCACUUGCACUGUAGCUAGCUAGCUGUACUGUGUGUCUGCCCUCUGCCUAGACUACUGAAGAUGGCCACCACACCGGAGCCCACCACACCGGAGCCCACCACACCGGAGUCCAUUGCUAAGUGGUUCAUGGAACAUGAAUGGAUCUAUGCUGUGAUUGGGGGAGUAGCCCUGGUGAUAGUGGUGCUGCUCUCCAUCCUUGUCUGCUGUUACUGCUAUUGCUAUCGACGACGUAAGAACAGACACCCGGAUGAGGCAAAGAGGAGUCUGUUAGGUCAGGAUGAACGUGGCUAUGGUACUGACUCACCCACUAACACAGAUUUCCCCUCCAAUACUCGAGAGCCGUCGGUUGUGGAGGAUAUGAACAGACGAAGGAGACAACAAGAACAGUCUGACAGAGACAAUGCAAAGGAGUCAGUGGAAUACUUUGUGAGGAGUCACUAUAAGCAAGUCGACGUUAUCCCUCUUCCGGACAUGGGUAGUCGUAUGCAGAAGUAUUGGUUCAAGGUGAGCCCCAUAGCCAGGGGGGAGGAGGAGCAUCUGGUUACCAUAGCACCUGUCUCACAACGCUGUCCGGUGAAACUGGACUCAUCAACUGAAACGGCCAUCAACAAGCUCAUGAGAGCAUUGCAGGACCACCCCUACCUGCACCGUAUUGAGGGUGUCUACUAUAGAGCUGAGGGGACACAGCUUGUCAUCUCCCAGCCACUCAUUCCUAGGGGCUCUCUAAAGGAUGUCAUCUACAGGGCCACACCCACUUCUGACUGGUCUCAAAAGUACUCGCGGCGUAGUAAGGGACUCAGUGCUGACAAGGUUGCCUUAUAUGGUCGACACGUUCUAGAGGCAAUGAGGUUUCUGUACGAGAAGGGGUUUCCCCCUCUGGGUCAUGUGCAGUCUGGUAACUGCUUUAUAGAGGAGAACCGUUGCCAACUAUCUGGCUAUGAGAACACUAUCCUGGGCUAUAAGACACGACUCUAUAGGCAGCUCAAGGAUAAUAUGGACAAGGUGGACAUUGUCAUGUUUGGUCACCUGGUGUUUGAGAUGACCUGUGGAUAUGAGCUCACUGGCCUUGUCCCCAGUGAUGCAGACUACAGGUGUGUUGGUGCUCGUAUUGUGAAGGAAGUGCUCCAGUUUAUCUUUGAGAGUGGUUUCCCACACGACAUCAACGCCAUCAUGGAGCACAAUUUCUUUCAGGAGGUGGACCUGCAACAACCUCCUCACUAUGAGGACGUUGCCUUCCCCAGUGAUGUUAAGAGCUUGAUGAAGGCUGUGGGAAAAGGAAAAGCAGUCUCUAAGCAGCCAACAAAGACCAAGAAGUCUAAAACACCACUUAUGCCUCCUGCUAAUAAGAAAACGAAAAACCCUGGACUGGAAGAGGCUCAGGAUGAACCGGAGCAAAAGCCCACUCCUACCCCUCGCAAGAAGAAGUGACUAUAGAACAUGUCUAGGCCACACCCCCUUGUUUGUACCUACAUGUAUGUUUAUUACACAUGAUUUUUGUGCGUUUUCCCUCCCCCAAAGCUCCUACAGCUUUAAACAAUUCUUAUUAUUAUUGUGCAUUGUCCUUAGAACCUUAAGCAGGUGAACACCUAUUUUGUUAUUUUGUUGUAGCUAAGCUUUGUGUCUUUGUGUUGUGUGUUUAUUUGGAGAACAAUUAUAAAUUUUUGUACAUCGA